UUCCCCACUAAUAUUCUGGCCGAUUAUAUUCUUCAGAUGCCACGAUGAAUAGGUGUUAUUUCUGUAAACGCGAAUCGAACCGAUUCAAGAAGCCCCAAGGAAACAUUCUUAAGAGCAUAAAGAAGUAUAAGCCGCAAGUGACGGGUGAGACGCUCAUGUGCACGACCUGUUAUAAGCGCGCCAAGGAUCGACUGCAGGAGUACAUUCGCAGGAAGCAAACAGAGGACGAAAGUUCACGGAGCAAUGCUGUAACCACUGUAGGCUCGAUGGAAACAGCUUCUCAAGAUAGUUUCGAUCGAAUUGUAAAUCAAGUAUCAAUGCGGAGUGUGCAGCGCAUUAGCAGAGAGGGACGAGCUCUUGUUGCUGAGAUGCGUCAAUCGGAUGCUGGAACCCCGUCGACGUCCCGGCGGCGACCUACGCGAAUAGUUUACGUUGAUGAGACGGAAGAGGUUGUGGAAGAACGACAUGUCGCAGGUGAUACCAGUAGUAUAAGUAGGGAUGAAAGUGAACAGUUAAUUAUACCUGACAAUAACAAUGAUAAGACGAAAUCAUUGCAACGCGUUCGUGAAAGCGACGCAUCGUCAGAUCCGCUAAAUUCUGAUCUUAUUCAAGAAUACUAUUCUAGUGAUGAUGAUACGAUCGUGCGUGAGGAUGACCCUUUGCCUGGCGUUAAACCAAUUGUUAAAAGACGACGAACUCCGGUUGUUUUUGCGGAUGAACGAUUGAUUCCUGUGUUUAAUACGAAAACCUACGGCGGUUAGAUCUCAGCUUGACAAAAGAUGAGGUGUGAAAAAGGUGAUGCGCCAUACCUUGCACACGUUGCUUGCAAUCUCCAGGGGACAUUGAUGCGUUUUGUAUUUUUACGACUUAUAAGUCUUUUUUCUAAGCUGUGUUACUUAUUUUUAUAGGAAAAGUCUGAAUUUUUAUAAGAAUCCGAUAGCAAAUUGCAUUUACGGUUAUAGAUUAAUAUUAUCUUGAAGAAUAAAAAAGACGAUAUUCAAAAUUAUCUUUU